AUGAUACCUUUAGCGUCAUCUGGCCAAUUCAUACCAGCUAUGAGGAAAACAAACAAAUCAAGUUCAUGCGACGGCACCAGUAAAACUGCACUAGUAGAACACUUCUUCAACGUGAUAUUCACAGAGUUCCACAACAACCCACCAGUGUGUGUCUGUGUCCAAAUGUGCAAUGAUCAACCUACUUACUGCUACCCUAAUGGAUGCCUGAAGAAAGUAGACAAUAAGAAGAAAACCCCAGAAGAGAACAGACCGGCUGCUCCGGUGAAUGUCCAGAACGAUGAUAUAGCGAAGACAAUGUUCUUGGUCGAAAAUGACUUUAGCCGUUUAUUGAAUGAAAAUUAUGAAAACAACAAAAAUGCGCAAACAGAAAGGUCUUCUGUAAAAGACAUGCGUCCAGACCCUUUCAAAGAUAGAUACAAAUCGCUAUUCAAAUACAAGAAAAUGCCCAAAGUUGAACUAAGGUACAACUUACGAGAACAAGUAAAGAAUAUGAAGUCUGACAUACUCAAGGUGGAAACUCAAGACGUGUCUAAAACGAGAUGGCCAAAAACUAACCACAUGGUGCUUCGUGAACAACAAACUUAUAACCUAGGUGAUAAAUCUAAUGAACCAAAAUCUACUGAUAUUGGAUCAAACAAAUUCUUUAUUCAAGGACCUAGUAUCGAAAGAGAUCUGUAUUCUCCAAAGUUCUUCAAAAGAGAUCUAAGAAGGAACCUCAAAGAUGAUAUCGAUGUUCAAUCCGAGUAUUUGACGGAGUUGCCGGACCCUUUGGAACCAAAAACCUUUUCAUUAGAGACCUUGAUAGAUAAUUUAAUAGGAAACAAUUUUGCAAGAAAAUCCGACGGUGAAAUAGAAUUCAAAGAACCUCAUAAUGACUCGCAAGCAAUUAGUCAAAUUAUAACAACCACAGAAAAUACAAUCAAUGAUACUAAUACAACAAAAGACAAUAAAGAAAUUACUUGUGUUGUCUCUUUGAACAUGACUAAUGAGAAUUUAGACGAAAACAAAUACGAAGAAAGUCCUAUCAUUAAGAAACAUUUAGACAAAUGGAAGAAUUACACAUUUAACGAAAUGAUAGCUGCUCUGUCUAAACGAAUUGAAAAACAAAAUAAUACUAGUUUAGAAAUAAUGAAAGAUGCUUCCAAAGAUAAUAUUGAGGUAACCAUUACCGGGCCUAUGGAUAAUUUGAAAGAUAAAGAUAAUUUAAACGUCAUAGAAGAUACAAAUAUGAAAAAAGCUACAAAUAGCACACAGAAGAUUACAUCAACUACUGAUAGCAAUAAAGAAGAAAAACAAACGGCAACAGUGAUGAAGUAGAGAAAAGGAAAGGAAAGUGAUUACGCUUGAAAGAUUGCCGUGUGAUCAUUAAUAUUAAGUAGUUUACUACUAU